AUGGACAAUAACGCCGACCACCGCGAAGGGGAUGAGGGUCACGCCAGCGAUGAGGAGGACACCGGCGCUCCUGUCUCUCCCAUAAUCAGACUCAAAGAGGUCGCCGUAUGCACCGGCGAAGAGGACGAAAAGCCUCUCCUCGAUCUCAAAGCGAAACUGUAUCGUUUCGACAAGGACGGUAACAAGUGGAAGGAACGAGGCGCUGGAAGCGUGAAGUUGUUAAGGCACGACGUGACGGGAAAAGUUCGCCUUCUCAUGAGGCAAUCCAAAACUCGCAAAAUCUGCGCUAAUCAUCUCAUUGGUCGUGGGAUGAGGGUGCAAGAGCACGCCGGGAACGAGAAGUCGUGCGUUUGGAAGGCGAUGGACUUCUCGGAAGAUGGAUUGAAGGAAGAGCUUUUCUGCAUUCGGUUUGUGUCUAUUGAAAAUUGCACAAUGUUCUUGGAUUCAUUCCAAGAGAUUGUUCAAUCCCAGAGCAAUGAGGAUAACCAAAAACAAGAGGGAAACUCGAACAAUGAGGAAAACCAUAUCAGUGAGAAAAACCAGUAUAAUGGGGAGAACCAUGGGAAUGAGAAAAACCAGAACAAUGUGGACAACCCUGAGAAUGAGGAAAACCAGAACAAUGGGGAGAACAAGAACCAUGAGGAAUUCCAGAACAAUGGGGAGAACCAGAUCAGUGAGAAAAACCAGAAUAAUGGGGAGAACCAUGAGCAUGAGAAAAAGCAGAACCAUGAGAAUGAGGAAAACCAGAACAAUGGGGAGAACCAGAACCAUGAGGAAUUCCAGAACAAUGGGGAGAACCAUGAGCAUGAGAAUGAGGAAAACCAUAACAAUGGGGAGAACCAGAACCAUGAGGAAAACCAGAACAAUGGGGAGAACCAGAACCAUGAGGAAAACCAGAACAAUGGGAGAACCAGGACAAUGAGAACAAAAUGCAUCUUCUGCUGCGAGUCUCCUUGA